UUGUUUAUCAUAAGAUUAUAAACACACAAUAUUAUUUAUAAAUAAUUGGAGUGUUUUUUAUUUAUUUGGGUGAUUCUCUGAAAAUGAGACCAAUUUUUUUGCAAUUAGUCCACAGUAUGUGUGAAUGGUGUGCUUUUAAAUUUGAGUGUGACAAAUUGCGGGCGGCAGUCCAAAAGUGCAUCAGAGUUAAAGGGGUUUUAAUAAGACACUAUUAUUAAAAGACACUUAAACAGUCAGUAUUUGUGCUAUUCUGUUUGCUUCUGCAGUAAUUACAUACGAUUAUCAGUACUAACUCAUUCACACACACCGCACACAUUCACUUGUGUUUGUACUGAUCUGUGUGUGUGUGUGUGUGUGUGUGUGUGUGUGUGUGUUUAGGUAACAGUCAGGGUGAAGAAGGUUGUGACAAUCUGAGAGAGGUCAUGGAGAGCAUGAACAUGGGCGAGAAACUGGGAUCUCUGAGUGAUGACGAGGGAGAGCCAGAGGAAGAUGAUGAUGAAGAUGAUGAAGAUGAUGAUGAUGUGGAUGACGAUGAUGAAGAUGUGGAGGAGGAAGAAGAGGAGGGAGAGGAAGAGGAGGGAGAGGAGAGCGAAUCAAAUCAGUUUUCAACGCCGCCCUCAGCUCCUCGUCCUCCAGACGUCUCGUCUUUCCUGAGUUUUCCGUCUCCAGACAAACUGCUGCGACUUGAUGCGAAGAGAAGCUUCCUCAUCCAACAGCAGGGUGAAGCAGCAGCGUCUCGAGGAGCAGCAGUGUGAUGUUGAGUUUGAACUCAGACGUCUUCUCAAUAAACCAGAGCGUGAGUGGAGCUCAGACGACAGACGACGAGAACAACAGCUCAUGUCAAACCUGCUGUCAAUCAUCCAACAGAGAAAUGACAUCAUCAGCAGCCUUGAGCAGGGCAGACAGAGGGAAGAAGAGGAGGACACAAUACUGACAGCUGUGAUCCAGACGAGAGAUUUCCACACACAGACUGAAAAACAGCCGGAGAAAUGCAACAGGAAGUUUAAACCUCUUCGUAUUUUCAAGUCAAUCGGUCGUAAGAAAAACAGCUGAAAGAGAAGAAGACUUCUAAGAGUCAAACUGUUAAUAAUGUUUAUUUAUAAGGAUAAACUGAACUAUUUCUUUCAGAUUUAAUACAUAU